UCUUUCCUCACCCAUAUAGACUAGCCCCUCUCUCUCUCUCUUGUCUCUCUCUCACAAUUAAACACACAAGGGGUGACGGCGUGAAGGGUUUCUGUUGCCUCAAAUGCAAGAAGCAGGAGGGUUGGGUAUCAUGGGUGGUGGUGGUGGUGGUGGUGGUGACGUGUCAGAUGAGCAGAACCACCUACUGAAGGCGGAGAUAGCCGCACACCCACUAUAUGAGCAGCUCCUCGCCGCACACGUCUCGUGUCUCCGAGUAGCGACUCCGAUCGAUCAGUUGCCGCUUGUUGACGACCAAUUGGCGCAGUCUCACCACAUACUUCGGUCUUAUGCUUCUUCACACCAUGACCACCCUCUCUCCCCACAUGAGAGGCAAGACCUUGACAAUUUCUUGUCACAGUACUAUAUGGUGCUGUGUAAUUUCAAAGAAGAGCUGCAGCAACAUGUGAGAGUCCAUGCCCUUGAAGCUGUGAUGGCCUGCAGGGAAAUGGAGAACACUUUACAUGCCCUCACAGGGGCAACUCUAGGUGAAGGUAGUGGUGCAACAAUGCCAGAUGAUGAGGAUGACCUGCAAAUGGACUUCUCUUUUGAUCAAUCUGCAGGUGUAGAAGGCCAAGACAUGAUGGGAUCAUUUGGUCCCCUCAUACUGACUGAAUCUGAAAGGUCUUUAAUGGAGAGGGUUCGCCACGAACUCAAGAUCGAACUCAAGCAGGGAUUCAAAUCAAGAAUUGAAGAUGUAAGGGAGGAGAUAAUGAGAAAAAGAAGGGCAGGUAAACUCCCUGGUGACACUACUACUGUCCUAAAAACUUGGUGGCAGCAGCACUCAAAGUGGCCAUAUCCAACUGAGGAUGACAAGGCAAAGCUGGUGGAGGAGACAGGGUUGCAGCUAAAGCAAAUCAACAACUGGUUCAUUAACCAAAGGAAACGAAAUUGGCACAGCACCUCUCAAUCUGUCACAUCUUUGAAGUCCAAGCGCAAAAGGUUGUAAUUGUAUAUAUGAAUGAAGCCCUGUCAUACAUUAGGAGAGUAUUUGGAGGUGAAUUUCCAUAUGAUUCUGUCACUCCUACUAGGGCAUAAAAUGUAGGCUGAUAUAUGUUGUUUUA